AUGGAGCUGGAGGCGCCGUCGCCGGCGAGGUACCUGGUGGGCGCGGCGAUCAUGAUGGCCGGCGUGGUGCUCCCGCUGGCCUAUAUGAUCUUCCGCAGCAAGCGGUCCCCGUCUUCCUCCUCCGCCGCCGCCGCCGCAGCUGGGCCCUCUUCCUUCUCCAAGCAGACGUAGGAACAAGGGGCUCUUCUGAUCUGGUCCUCCUCCUCGUCUUGUCUUGUCACACCGAUCGAGAUUCAGCAACCGCCUUCAGGAUGGGAUGGGAGUAGCUGAUUGUUUCGCUAGCUAGCUCGCUCUUGUAUCUUGUCUUGCACAUCAGAUUGCUUGUUUGAUGAUUUGAUCCUAUCCAUUUCGUCUCGUUACAGUAUAGAGGAUCCAACCGUUAAGGAACUU